GAUGGGGCCAGCGGGGGCUCUCCACUCCGGAAAGAGGUCAAGAUGGAAGCCCGGAAGCUGGAGGCCGAGAGCCUCAACAUUUCCAAACUCAUGGCAAAGGCUGAAGACCUGCGCCGAGCCCUGGAGGAGGAGAAGGCCUACCUGAGCAGCAGGGCUCGGCCCCGGCCCGGAGGACCAGUCCCAGGGCCGCAGGUGCAGGGCCAGCUGGCUGGCAUGUACCAGGGCGCAGACACCUUCAUGCAGCAGCUACUCAACAGGGUGGAUGGCAAGGAGCUGCCACCCCAAAGUUGGCGGGAGCCUAAACCAGAGUAUGAGGAUUUCCAGCCAGUGUCCUCUGAUCCUAAGAACCCCUGGCCUGCUUGUGGGCCCCGAAAUGGCCUGGUGGGUCCUCUUCAGAGCUGUGGAAAACCUUCUGGGAAGUCAAGCACGGAGCCAGGAAGACGAGAAGACAUCCCCUCAGAGGACAGCCUGGCUGAGCCAGUGCCCACCUCCCACUUCACAGCCUGUGGCUCCUUGACGCGAACCCUGGACAGUGGCAUUGGGACCUUCCCUCCACCAGACCACGGCAGCAUUGGGACCCCCAGCAAGAAUCUGCCUAAGACCAAGCCACUACGGCUAGAGCCCCCACCUGGAGCACCCCCAGCUCGGCCCCCGCCCCUUACCAAAGUCCCCCGCCGUGCCCACACGCUAGAACGGGAAGUGCCAGGAGUAGAGGAGCUGCUGGUGAGCGGGCGGCACCCCAGCAUGCCCACCUUCCCCGCACUGCUCACCUCGACCCCGGGCCACCGGAGUCAUAAGACCUGCCCUGAUGACCCCUGUGAGGAUGCAGGCCCUCCCCCUCCUGUACAGCUGGCCAAGAACUGGACCUUCCCCAAUGCGAGGGCAGCUGGAAACUCCUGUGACCCCUUCCUCU